AUCUGCAGGCAGUGGUGUAGAACCGGAUCUGAGCUUCAUAUCAACCACCUGAGUUACUAUACUUUAGGCAAAACUUUCUCCAGGUAAAAAUAACACACUUCUAAGUUAUUAUACACGAUACGACGCCAUAUUUUGGGGCAAGUUUUUUCCUCCGCGUUAGAGAAGUGUUUUGUGUGUUAUUUUAGCCAUUUGUAUUAGCUAAGUGAGCUAAACGUUGUGUCAGCUAUCUAGCGUAAAUUCAUUUUGACAGCCUCGGUUAGCAGACAGCACUUUAAUAUGCCCAGGUGUCGCUCUGUUCUCUGCUUUACCAAGGUUGCUGGUGUAGCUGAAUUGUCUGUGAGCUGUCGUUGACACGUCCUGGUAGUUUUAUGUGGCGCUGACAGAACCUGGGUCGUUUGCAAUGCUCCUGCAGCUGCUCCCACCUAUCAUCUAGCUGCCCGUCUGCUCUCCCAUCCACCGCCUGCCCAUGGCUCACUGCGGCUCCGCAGAGGCUAGCGCAAAGGCGCAGGCACCGCGUCCUGACAGCAUCAAGCUCCCACAGGGUAGUGUCGACCAGGGCAUGAAGCCGGUACUUUUUGAGAUAUUUGGGGAGUUGUGGACCGUCCAGUCCCGGCUCGGCCAAGGAGUCUCGGCCUCGGUGUACCAGGUCAGCUCGGGCAGAGCCAGCACCACCGCCGCUGUCAAGGAGUUUCAGGCUGACACUCAGGGAGGAGACUACGGGUAUCACAAUGAGAGGUCCGUGCUGGAAGAUAUCCAGGGACAUAAAAACAUAGUGACACUGUAUGGGGUGUUCACUAACUACAGCUGUAUGGGGGUUGCCACCCGCUGUCUGCUGCUGGAGCUCCUGGAUGUCAGCGUGUGUGAUCUGUUGGUGAGAGGCAGUAGUGGUACCCAGGGUGGAAGGCCCCAGCAGAGCCACUCCAUGUGGCUGGUGCAGCACUGUGCCAGAGACAUCCUGGAGGCUCUCUCCUUCCUCCACAGGAAAGGCUACGUCCACGCCGACCUCAAGCCACGCAACAUUCUCUGGAGCGCCGAUGAUGAGUGUUUCAAGCUCAUCGACUUCGGCCUCAGCUUCAAAGAGGGCAACCAGGAUGUCAAAUACAUCCAGACAGAUGGGUACCGGGCCCCAGAGGCGGAGCAUCAGAACAGCCUCGCUCAGGAAGGGUUGGAGCUAUUGGGGGAUUCUGGCUGCACCUCUGCUGUGGACAUGUGGAGCCUGGGCAUCAUCCUGUUGGAGAUGUUCUCAGGAAUCAAACUCAAAGAGACCAUCCGCACACAGAAGUGGAAGGAUAACAGUGCUGCCAUUGUCGACCAUCUUUUUGCCAGCAAUAGUGUGGUGUGCCCUGCCAUCCCUGUCUAUCACAUCAGAGACCUUAUCAAAAGCAUGCUUCUCAACAAACCAAAGCAAAGAUGCUCUGCUAAAACUGCCCUGCUGAGCCCGUUCUUCAGUAUUCCCUUUGCUCCUCACAUUGAGGACCUGGUCCUGCUGCCCACCCCUGUCCUGCGCCUGCUCAACCUGAUUGAUGACAGCCAUCUGCACAAUGAAGAGGAGUAUGAAGACAUCCUGGAGGACAUGAAAGAGGAGUGCCAGAAAUACGGCUCUGUGGUGUCUCUGCUCAUCCCCAAAGAGAACCCAGGCAAAGGGCAGGUGUUCGUAGAGUACGCCAACUCCUCUGACUCCAAGGAGGCUCAAAGGCUGCUGACGGGCCGCACCUUCGAUGGGAAGCUGGUGGUGGCCACCUUCUACCCUCUCAGCGCGUACAAAAGAGGUUACUUAUACCAGACCGUGCAGUGAAGCCCUUAAGCUCAAUUCCCACCUAAGCACCAUUAGCAUGAUAAACACAGGGGAGAAGAAGUUUCUACUACAGGCAAGUUCUGAGUGUUUAACCUGUAGUUUGAAUUUGUAUUUGUAUUAUUCAGUUAUGAGCGUAGUUCAACGUUCUGCAUUUCAUUCAUGUUGUUUUGUAUCGGAGUGAAUAGGUGUUACAUGCAGAGGAUAAAUUGAACUCAGCUGAUACAUUUUAUUUGAGCUGCCUCCAGUCUGCACAUAGCACAUCCAUCUUCAGGGUGAGCUGCAGCUACAUCUUCUACUGACUCACUGAGUACAGUUCUUCCUGUUCUAGCUUCCAUUUCACUGUCAUUUAACAGUGUGUAGUAGGAGAAAAAGUGUUCUGAUGUUUGUGGACAAAGCAAAAGCCGUUAAAAAAUAAAUGUAAUGUUUCAGAAUCUGUGCUCGACAUUUAAUAUGAAAGUGAACACUUAUCUCAUCAGCUGAGUCAGGGACGUGGUUAGAAAUAUGUAGCAGGAUAACACUGAUCUCCCAGGGGUGUAUACGGGAGCUUUAUGUCUGUUAAAGGGACCCUAUUAUUUUGGGGGUUUCCCUUUCUUGUGGUGUGUUAUAUAGGUUUUUGUGCAUGUAAAUGGUCUGCAAAAACUAAAAUCCCAAAGUUCCCUCCAAAGGAUGUUUCUCUCCCACACAACCCCAACCCCCGCUCCUCUGCCUGAAACACCAUUGGAGUCCUUUGUUUACUUCAGUAAUAUAGUGACAUCACAAUUUAACCCUUGUGCUCCUAUUGGCUAGCACUUCAACACAUUGUAUGUGAUAGGCUAAGGGGUGGGACAUCUGUAAGCGAAUGACCAAUCACAACAGACCCCCCGCCCCCCCCCCCAACCGGCACAUACUCUCUGCCAUUAUGAGCAAGCUGAAUUGUCUAAAACCUUUUUCUAGUUGGAAAAUGAGUACACCAACUAAAAUAGAAGUGGCAAUGGAAAACCUCUUCUAAGUUCUGCUGAAUUUCCUGAAUGGGAAGAAAAGGCUUGACUCACACUUUUUAUUGUUUUCUGUUAGCAAGUGUUCUGGAUUGAACCUGGUAUAUUUUGGUACCACCUCUGCCAAGGUUACAAAGCAUGCUUAACAUUCUGAAAGGUGGCGUUAAAACACUGUAGAGCACUAAUAAUAGGGCAACAUGGGACAUCCUGCGAUCUCCUGGCAUUUAAAAAAUGCUACGCUGUCAUCAAUCGUGACUGCAAUUUUGUCUUUUCACUUCCGUGAUUUUAAGGCCUCCCAAUAAUAAUAAUAAUAAUAAUGUAUAAUGUACUGAAAAAAAUAGAGAAAAGCAUGUGGUACCAAAAGCAAGCCCAAUAAGGCCUCUCUGCAGUACAAAUAAUGUAUAACUUCAGCUAAGUACGCUUUCAUUUGUUCAUAGGAUAUCCUAGUCGUAGUCUUGUUAAUUAUAGUCUUGAAAAACACAGCUGCCAGUACAUGUAUUGAGUAGUUUAAAACUACUGUGUGUAACAUGUGUAGCAUCUUCAAUGCUUACUAAUGUCCUGGUUGAAAUUGGAGGAAUGUAUGUGUUUCGCCAAAGUUGGACAUUUAAAAAAAUACACAUAGUAGCUUUAAGGGUUGUGUAGAACUAUGCAUAUGAAACUUGAAGAGGGAUUUUGCAGUGGCUACAAUAUACUGACUUUUUAUCUAUAGUUUGUGCAUGAGCUAGUGGUCCGUUGAUGGAAUGUAAGCCCUGUGAGAAUAAGUUUUACCGAAGAGUCACAUAGAGGUGUUUCCUACUUAAGUUUCAAGAAAUGUGGCUAGUCACGCACAAAAUAUUGAGGUUUAUUAGUCAAUUUUGUGACAGAUAUCCUUGUUUAAGUGUUAGUGUUAGCAACAAAGUUACAUCAUUUUGUCCGAUUAUAUUGGUAAUACCAGGGUGGUGAGACAGUUUUAAUAAUGAGGAAAAGAGUCAGGAAGCUUGGCCUGUUUGCAGUGGAAUGUUACUUUUAUCUGUUGUUUUAUUCCUUUGCUUCCACUUUGUGAUAACAGUGGGUAUGCAGUACCCAUUAAUCCCACAUUUUGUCACAUGUAUUUAUAUAUACACCACUCAAGUGCCCCAUGACAUUCAAGCUAGCCAAAUAACCAAAAUGCUGCUAUAAUACUGUGUUCACACCAAACACGAAGAUAAUAGUUUACUUGCAUUACUCAAGCAGGUUUGUCCGUGAGAUUAUGUUCAAUUCGCCUUAGUUCAUAUGGCUGUAACAAUCUAAUUUACUACAGUGUUAUCAAACCAAAAUGAACUGAAAUGUAUUGCCAUAAAUGGAUAAAAAAUAUGAUUUAUAUAAACCCACUGGCAAUUCUGAGGUUUAUUAUUGAUGAACACCCACACUACAACCAUUUUCCUCCAUUUUUAUCAACAAUGUCAGGGCCUCAGUGUAAUAACAUUUAUUGCACGGAUGAUGCUUUUCGCAGGUGUAACACGUCUUUGCGUUGACUUUGGAUGUAAUUUGCAUUUGAUGUGAACCCACACCCUAAUGAUAGGUUGUGCUACACUCGCAUGUGUCAAUUACUUGAGUAGCCCAAGCCUACGCAGAUGCCUUAGAAAAUCAUUCACUUCCAAAAGAAAAAACCCUACCCAACUGACUGUUAGGGACAACAAGAUGGGGCAGCCAUCUUUCUAUGCUUCCAUGUAAGGCUGUAGAUUUUCCCUGUAUUCUUGUUAAAGUCAUACUAUGUAACUGAACUGUGGACAAUGCCACUACAUUUAACAGUGAUGGUAUAUUGCUAAUGCUAGUAUUACCUACUGUAAAUGCUAAACAGAUGGUGGUAGCUAAAUGAUAUAAAUGCUAUUAAAGAGGUUCUAUAACUUAAGAUAGCACAUUACAUUUAGCACCAAUUGUAUAUGUACACUUCUUGUCCCCUAAUUAGAUGUGGUCUAAUGUAUUUAUAUUUUAUUAUGAUAUUAACUUAUCCAACAAACUAUUUAGAAAUACAUAUAGCUAGGGUGUUAGCGAGCGUCAGUUGAAGUUAGCUUAAAAAGUUGACACAGUUUCACUGAUGUUAACGCUCAGUGUUUCUAAGAGAAAAAUCGGUUUGUCUCAAACUAACAUUAUUUUCUCCUGAUUUGGUCGGCUAAAUACGCUGUUUGUCAGAAUGCUCAGAAGUUACGUGGCUUGUGAAAUGUUUUCCCAAUAUUAACGUUGACUCUUGCGCAAAACAAUCCGUCAUAAUCUGCACUCUCGUUCACCUUCUGCUAGUCCACUAAAAAGGGGGAGGCAGUGUUGAAACCCAAGUGACACAGAUUCAGGAAAUUGUCUCGUUUUACUAAACAGUCUCUUAUGCUAUAUCAUGGUUCACAUAAAAUACUGCUUUGCAUUUAGUAGUUCCAUUUUGCUCAAAUGCAAAGCAGUUGUGACAGUAGCACAAUAGGAAGAUGCAGGAAGUCUCCUAAGUGACUCGGUAACAUUAAACAAUAAAAACCCUUCUCUCUGAGACUUUUUUAAAUUUAAUAAAGUGUUCCUUUCACUCCAAGAAAGUAUGUCUAAGUUCAUAAAUAUUUCAAAACAUAAAAAGUCUAGGGUAGUUGUAGUUUUGUCAGUCGUAGUACGACAACAUUAUUUUAUUUUUUUACCAAAUGCAUAUUUAUAUUCCUCUAAUGUGAAUGUUAAAGUUUCCCCUAGAGAGCGUCACAGUUUGUUUACUGACAGUCAAAAUCAGCUUAGAUGCACUGUACCUGAUCAAAUAACAAGCUGGCUAAUAAAGCGCUAUAAGUAUGAUUUUGGAAGUAGAACUUUCUUUGCUUGUGUUGGAUAAUGCAUGGCAAAUGAAUGUGCGCAAUAUUCAGCAAUGAAUCGCUUGUUCUUUGAACUAUUGGAAAAAUGGCCCCAGUCUCAGAACCCAAGUGAGAGUGAGUAUUUCUCAAAACCUGAUGAUUUAUUUUGGCUUUUUUGCACUCCUUGUGUGAAACUGAGACUGGGAUUGGGGAGAAAAGGAGGGGUAUGGCAUGCAAAAAAUGGCCUAAGGAUGGAAUCGAACCUGGGACGAUGUGGUAGCCUGUUGGUUUCCCAGGUGGCCUCAGUGGGCUGUCUCACGACUUGGUAAUAUUGUUUUAUAGUUGGCAUUAAUCCCUUUUUGGGACGUGACCACUAAGUUACAAACAGCUUAUAAAAACUGAAGCACAAAGGAAAAGUUAAGAGAUGACAGUUAAACGACAGCAGAUGAUUAUAUUCCGUGGCCAUUGGCAGGAAUCCACUGUUAUAGCCACACUGCCAUAGUUGAAUUCACUUCAACAUGAUCAGUUUAUAACUGAUUAAUUUGUUUAUUUGUCAUCUUGUAUCACAUACUGGACAAUGCAAAUGAUGCUGAUAACGGAACAUCUAUGUUUGGUGUGCAUUAAUGUUAGUUUAAGUUGUGAAUGGAGUUUGGAUGUUAGUAGUUUAUGGGUUAGUGUACACAAACUCUCAUUCUUGUCCGUGCUCUCGCAAGACUUGACAUCAGACCCUCAACAUAAAUGCACUGCGUGUGACAAUACUGACACCUGCUGGAAGCAUAUGCAGUGAAGCUCCUCAUAUAAGUUUCAAAAGGAGUAUUUAAUAAAAGGAUGCAGCAGUAGGUUUUACAAAAGUUUCACAGCUGUGGCUCAAUAGCCCGGUACACGCGUCCACAGGCCGCUGACUGAGUGGAGCUCAUCAGUAGUUACUGUCUGGCGGUCCGGAACAAAAGAGAGCUCGAUUCUACAAUACAAACAUGUUUUAUAGAACCACCCCUUUCCGAUCAAAAAAUAAACAACUUCAAAAUAAGACGUGCUCCGGUCUCGUGCUCUCAUUGGUUGGCAGCGGGGGCUGGAUCCUGUUGGCCGCUUGUCACAUGGGGUACUCCGGACUCCUCUAUAGGCUGACGUCGUCGGGGGCGAGUCCUCUUAUGACGUCACCGUCGCCAUCUUGUUAGCAAUGUCCUGAAGCUCUCACCUACGAUAUUCUAUUAUGCAAUCCUUCUGAGGUUUAUCAGGUAUUAAACACGCCAUAGUAUUAUUGCAGCAUCAAUGAGUGAGAGGUAGAGGCGGUGUGUUUAGUAUGUAACUCCACGCGUCCUUCUCCCUAUACUCGUAUAUACACAAUACAAUAUUAGCUAUAUGCUAUCUGAGGCUAAAAACAACAUCCGGUAAUACUACCGGAAUUGGACAUAUAUGAUCCGUCCAGAAACAGUGAAUUAUCUUUUAAUGUUCCGCUCCAAUAUAUUGAUUAUUUCUAACAGUAGCUUUGACAUAAACCUGAGUAAUACAACUGUAUGCCACAUUUACUUAGUAAAGGGCACAGCACGUUUCCCAAUAAUGGCUGCAACUCGAGAUGUGACCGCCCGCUUUAUGGAAAAAUAAGAAUGCUUACUAAUGAGUACUGCAUUUGCAAAAAGUUGGUACAUUCUGAAUUAAGCAUUACUAGUCUGAGAAAUUGGCUUAAAGCACCUGCAAUUGAUUUAGUUAUUCUACUCAAAUAUUUAUUGUGGGUGCUGUUGACCUGAAAGAUUUAAAAAAUCACGUUGUUCGCUGCGUCCUGUAGCUCACUUCAGUCAAAUCCUGAAAAAAUGUUUCUUACUAGCUGAGCUGUCGGAUAACCAAAAGCAGCCUUGUUUGUUUAUACAAUGAUUGUUACUUAUAUGAUUUUAUGAUUCUGUACUUUUAUUUAUUAUAUAACCAUACAAUUGUUUUUUUCACUAGGGUGCAGUGUUUUUGUUCAACAUUGUAAAGCGUUGUACAUGUGGUUAAGGCUCACUGUGACAACCGAUCAAACUUCACAUGAAUAUUUUUAGUUGAGCGGCAUUAUGAGAUCAGUACAUCAGUAGCUAUAUCAGACCUUUUAAAUCUUUGACAUAAAACAAAAAACUGUUUGUAGCAUAUCCCUCCGAAUGGUGGUCUGACACUUGACUGGUGAUUUUAGAUUUAUUGCAAAUCCACAACCAACGUAAGAGCUGUGUACAGACACAAAACAACAAAUAUACGUUAGCUUACUCCUAACAUUACCAUAGCCUUCCCCGUACACACGUGGAGCUAAAGCUAACGCUAACUUAUUUAAACAAACAAUUAAGUGAGUUUAUACAGUAUAACAACGAAUUCUAAGCAAUCUUUGCAUUACAGUCUUACUACAUAAACAAACCUUGUGCCUCUUCGGGGGGCUGCUUAUACAUUAAAUGUGUCACAUUUUCUUUUACUUUCGCCGUUAUGAACCGUGUCUCCGUACUUUUCCAUUCAGUAGCAACUUCCUGUCAAGACCCUAGCGUCGCCUUCAAAAUAAAAGCAUCUAUAAUUAAAACAGGAAAUAAGACAAAUUAAGCUUAGUUAUCAAAAAAUAUGCAGUAAAGACAACUCAAACUUUGUCCCUCCCCCAGAGCUACAUCCUUAGAUUUCAAAAGACACAAAUUGGGUUAGUUACACUGUUAAUGUGAAGAUUUGUAGGAGCUGGACCCAGACGAUAUUAGGCUACAUUCACAAGUGGUAAAAUGGCUCUGCUACGACAUGUCGUUUUCCUAUGGAGAGAGCCCGACCACCCUCUCUGUUGGUGCCACCUGAAAAUAUUGAAAUUAUUUAAACUUUGACCUCGAUUGCCACUGACCUUUCGACUCGCAACCAAUCAGAUGACAGCAAGCUGCGCCACCUAACUAGCUGUUUUCACUGCAAGGUUCUGCACCCAACCCCGCGUUGAGUAAAGAGCAAAUCGGGUAUCGUGAAUGCAGAUCGUACUCUUGACAGAUUGCACACACUAUCUCUUUGAUUGACUUAUCAGUUAAGGGUUCAGCACUAAUGCAACAUAUUUACUUGCUCACCAUUAUCAGUCACAUCAGUGAGAAAGAAGCACAGUACUGUCUUGAGGAAUUGUAUUUGUUAGUGUAUACUAUAAUGUUGAACUUUGUUGAUAUCACACUCCAGUGGAUUGAUUCUAGUCUGUAGUGAGGCACCACCUGGCACAUGAUUUGGCCCAUGCAUUCUUUGUCAGUGUGCUGGUAUUAGUCCUCAGAACAGCAUUCAAGAGUGUUGGAAUACUUUUUGUGUGAGUGGUGGUAGACUGCAGUACUAAUGAUGAGCAAACAGGGUUGUCAGCAGGGGGAAGAACUGAAUUGGAUGCCUUUUUAAGAGCUCUGUCACACUUGUUGGGUGAUCCUGAACCCAACGUGAUUUUCUUCGAAUUAUUGCUUUAUACCACAUAGCUGCAAUGGGGUUGAAUCUGCCUUUUCGUUACCUGCACUUGCUUCAAGUCAAACACAGGACACAUACUUCUACUUCCAGCUUAUAAAGCUGUGUACUUUUGUAUUCCGAUUUCUAACUGUCUUCCCAUUGAUUUGAUUUCAAUACUGGCUUUGACAGGCUCUUGCAAAUGCAACAAAAUGUAGUUGUUGUUUUUCCAUCAACACUCCAUUACAUUUGUUGGGUGUUUUAGUCUUAACAUUUCAAACACUUCCUUCUCUUUGCACAUGUGGGUCUUCUGCUGAAGUGCAGUGUACAAGUCCGAUAUAUUCUUUUGUAUCAUCUACCGAGACAUUUUUAUUUUGUCUCUUUGUCUUUGCAGCUCGGCGUGGCUCCUUUUCUACACAGACAGAGACUCAGGGUUGUUCUUUAAUUUCAUGGCACCUGACCUCUCAGCCUCACUUUAUUAGGUGCUCAGCACGUAUGUGCAUUAGUGUGUGUCUAGAUAACCUGGAUAGUGUGCAUGUCUCUGUGUGUUCAGGUAUAGAGGAUGACAUCGCAGUUGAUGUUAAUAUUGUUUUUGGGGACAGCAUUAAUAGGUUACAAGAGCUGUCUACCUGUAAGCAUGGUACACCUGUCUGAGAUAAAUAUGUUAUAUUGUGGGGCUAUUUUCUUCCAUCAGCUUGUUUGGUGUGUGUGUGUGUGUGUGUGUGUGUGUGUGUGUGUGUGUGUGUGUGUGUGUGUGUGUGUGUGUGUGUGUGUGUGUGUGUGUGUGUGUGUGUGUGUGUGUGUGUGUGUGUGUGUGUGUGUGUGUGUGUGUGUGUGUGUGUGUGUGUGUGUGUGUGUGCGCGGCUAAAGCACUGUUUGCCUGCAAUCUUAAAUGUUGAAUCCGAAGGACUCUGAGUUAGUUUGGAACUGAAGAGUGCAGCCAGCCUUUUGUACUGUGAUCAAUUCUAUAGUAUCCAUUCCUCUGAAUAAAGCACACAUUAUUUAAGGCUCAUCCUAAAGUUCUUAACUGCACAAAGGACAAAAGAUAAAAGGAUCAAAUAUUAAGACAAUUUAUCAACUGCUUCGUUAUGUUCAACACAGUCAGCUCAAAUUGUUCAUUCAAUUCAAAUCCAAAAGCGUCCCGCUGCAGACCUCCAGGCUCAGGCCCACCUUCAUCAAAGGACCCAUGGUGGGAAAUAAUGUGUGAUAAGGUUAAACAUGCUUCAUUAUUAAUAAUUGAAGUUUAAAUUCCACUUUAUUAUAAUGAGCAAUGCUUUGGUUUUAUCACAUUUCAUAAUUGAUACAUAGGCAGAUUCUGAGUGUUUAUUAAAUGCAUUGUAUCACCACGCAACUCAACCUUCACCUGUAAAACCAAAGUUAUCAAUACAACCUUAAGUCUAUAGAACUAUUACUUAUAAAGUCAGGUUUCAUUAAACAGUAAAUAACUUCUACUAGCCUCAUGAGUUUGCCAAUGCUAUCUAGCUAUGCUAUUGAUGUUAGCAAACUGACAGGAAAAAGAAGCAAACAAACGCUUAUUAUAAUGAUUUCAGCUAAGAUAGGCUGGCUGAUGUUGUUAGAAUAUUAAUAUUAGCACAAUGAUAAUAUAAACUGCAAAAUGCUUAUUGUAAUGCUUUCUCUAACGUAAGCUAGCUAUGGUCAUGUCAUUAGCAAACUAAAGUCAACUUUAACACAACGAUAAAAACUGCAAGAAGCCUAUAGUUAUGAUGUCAGCUAAUGUUCGCAAGUGAAGCUAACGCAGCCUAGAGCUAACAUUAACAAACUCAUAAAGUUAGCACAGGUAAUUUGCUGCUAAACGUUCCUAACUAACUUUUCAGGUGAUGUUAAGGUUGCACUGUUAGCACUGGUGUUUUUGGUAGAGGUUUCGUGGCUUGUUCAUUCUGUAUCUGGACGAGGUGGCCGAUCCUUGAGGUCUGCAGCUUGACCGCAUAAGAGCAAUCAGACCACAGCAGUGAUUACACUUUCAAUUUCAAUUCCAUUUUGAAGCUGUCCUUGUAGUGAAGGUGAUGCAUAUAAAAAGUGUUUACUGGUGGAAUAAACAAACUGUGAUUUUCUAUCAAUACCAAAUGACUUUUUUUUUUCUAACUCUGAUAUAAAGCUGCAUUUAUUGAUAGAUUUUGCAUGCAUUUAGCAACACCAUAUAACCUUUCUGUAAACCUCUGUAAAAUUGAGAAUGCAAAGUUGGGUUAUAACUGUGUAUCAUUGGCUUUACCAAUAACCCCUUUCUUCAAUCCAUUGUUAAUGUAAAAAUAUGAAUAAGUUCAGCUUUGUGUUUCAAUAUUGGCCGUUUUAUAAAAAUGGGUCUGAUAAGCGCCAAUCAGAAUAACAGAACAUUAAAUUAAUCAAUAUCUGUUGAGCUGCACACGCCUAGACCUAACAAAUCCUGACCGUCAGACAACCAAAUCCAAAAUGAUUUGAUUUUGCAAUGUUACUGUUAUUAUUUUCAUUCUGAAUACAAUCAAAUAUCCCACAGGUCAAAUGGACUAAAAGCAAAUGAUUAUCAUUUCUGUUUCAAAUAUUCUGCUUAAGGAAGCACAAUGUGAGAAGAUCUCUGUAUGCAGGAAACAUGUAACGUGUAAAACUGUGUGAGCUAAUCUGUGUUUUACAGCCUUCCAAUUGAGAAUGAAUCAUGACACUUGUCUUUGAAAAUCUCAUAAUAAAAAUUAUGAUUGACCUGAA